UCGCCUGUCUGUUCUGUUCUGCUGCUGCGGAGCUCAGCUAAACGAGACGGGGGGAAUGCCAGCCUCAGCCACAUAACAGCACAGCUCAGUGAAGUGAAGUUAUGGGGAAGUGUUUGCGUUCUCGGGCGGGUCCUCCGCCUCCGCGUCAAUGAUCACCUACAACUCCCACUCACUCGCGACAGCAGGAGAGAAAUAAGUUUGUCACAUGACAGACUGUGGCGAGAGAAGCGUGCGGGUAGAUAGACAACAGAUGAGAUGAGCACCUGAAGUAGAAAUAGAACAAGUCAGCAGCACAAGAAACGUUUUUAUAUAUUGUUUGGUUCGGUUAAGUUAUGCGCUCACAUCGCACAUCACACACCGAAGUUGUGCGAAAAGCAUCGCCAUCGUCCCCAUGAUUGAGCUGGAGCCGAGCUUUGACCUGCAACGCGACGUGAUCUCCAGCAUUCUGAAGAAAGAGCUCAACUCGCCGGCCAGAGCAGAGGUAUUGGAGCCGCGUAUCUUGAACGUAGAGAGAGAUGGAGGAGUGCUGUACAGCUGGCGGGGAUCCACUGGAACCACCCGCAUUGGGAAAUAUGACCCAAACAGCAAAUACAACAAGCUUCUCUACACUUUCGACAAGCAGGUGUGUGUCAGCAGUUGCAGUCUGAAUAAGGAAGAAACACUUCUAGCGGUGAGCCUCUCUCAGGAUCAUAAGCAGGAGGAGCGCCUUAAACCAGUCUCCAAGUGCCUGUCUCUCCUGAUUGAGAUCCAUCCCAUAAACAACACCAAGGUGCUGAAGGCCGUGGACUGCAGAGUACGCACUCAGUUUCUCCACCCCGACUGUGUGCAGAGUUCAGUUCUGGAGAGCCACCUGCUUGUCAUUGCUGAGGAUGGAUAUGUGGAUCUGUUCCAUAUCAUGCUGGCCAAACACGACGGCUACAGAGUUGUGAUGUUGAAUCCAGAUCGCCUGGCGCGAGAGCGUGUGUGUGAGGAGUACAGCUGGGUCCAGUGGGACUCGCACAACCAGAGGCUCUACUUCACCAGCGGAAAAGAGAGGCCUAUUCUGAAGUGUCUUCAGUUCUAUCCACAGCGCACCUGUGAGGUUGUGUUUGAGUUAGCCCUGGAGUUACCCAGCAGUACUUUCAGCUCUGUGAGUUUUGCCUAUUUGGGUUUCGACCAUUUCCACGAGGAGACGCAAGAAGGGAAAGAGACGCCACUGGUUGUUUUCACCGACAAAAUAGGGAGUAUGUGUGUGUGUUACACUCACCCGGUCCUGGACAAGAGGGAAGUGAGCUACACUAUCGCAUUCGUGCACAAAGGCUGCAGUAAGACCUUCACUGUGGUUCUGAAUCAAGAGGAGAGUCUGAGUAGCACAACAGACCCACAGCCCCUCUUCUUUUACACAGGUUACUAUGUGUGUGUCUUCCUUGCUGGCCACUUCCUUCACCUCAUCAACACUCGGCAGCAAGAUCUCCUGUGUUACAGCCUCUUCCUGACCGGUGCAGAGGCGUGUCUUGGUGAGGUGGGCGGGACCAGGCUAGUUGGUUGCCACGGCGGAGCCUCCCUAUUGGACCUGCAGAGCGGGCGCAUGUACACGCCCAACAUAAGCCCCGCCCACCUGAUGGGAAUCCUACGUGGUGAUUGGCCUGAGGCCCAGAAGCUGGCCGCGCUGCAGUGCAUGACGGUCCACAAAGGGGCGGAGCCUGGGCUGGAACAGCAGGUGAUUGACUGGAUUUGUGAAGAUGUAAUGAGCUUGGAGGCCUUUGAUCCGAUCCAGGAAUUCAUUCUAGCCUCCCUGUACAGGAUAACACAUCAGCUCUCCCCCAGUCUGGACAGGGUGGUGCCCUACUCAGCUGUUCUGGAGAAAAAGGAGCUACCGGUUGCCUUGACGAUGAUCCCAGGAGUGAAGUGUACACCUGACCUCUUAACACAGCCCCUGUUCAAAAGCAAGGGCCGCAGCACUGCAGGCUUCUGGUUAGAGCUGCAGGGUGUGUGUGAGAGGGUGAAGCACUUUGAGGCGGGGCCAAACCCACGUUUCAGGACAACACACACACACACUCACACCAACAAGGACACACAGCCAUGGAGCAUACAGCAAACAGAACAGGGCUCAGACAAGAGAAGGGCCUCCUACCAACGGCACCUUGAGGAGAACACUAAGAAGGUGUUGUCUAUGGUGGAUUCCUGUUGUCUCGACAGGAGGAUUGUGCCUCUCUUCCAGGAAGAGGACCCCCAGCAGAAAGCACUGAUUGGCCAGAUGGUGGAUAAGCUUCGUGAGCAUCUGACGCGUCACCUUCAGCAGCUGGGGAAGAAGAGGAUAGACGCCCUCGUACUCAACUACGUGGCCAAACUGUUGGAGGUGGUCCAUCAUAUCUUGGAGACGUUGUGGCAAAAGUUCAAGCUGGGACCCCACGUGUUCUGCCUUAAGCAACAGAACAGUCCAGCGGAGUGGCGUGUGUUUCAUGUCAUGCUACGGAUACUGGAGGCAACCAAAGGCCUGUGCUUACCACUACCACCAGGUGAC